UAGCGACUGGAAGAUCCCACAAUAGCGAUUUCACACAGCUCUUUAUUUUGUCGCAUGCCAGGCAUGUUUAAAUCUCAAUAAGUGACCUUUCUCAGAUGUGUAGCUGGUAAAUCGGCAAAUCCGGUAUUUGACAAGGGAGCCAACAGCUACGGCCAGCUGGGACAGGGGCAUCUGGAGGACUUGUCAGUGCCCGAGCCCUCAGACGGCGGCGCCCUUCGUGAUGGAGCUGUGUGUGUCCUCGGCGGAGGCGGGGGCCACUCUGUGGUCGUCACCGGGAGAGGAGAUGUGUUGGUUUGCGGACAGAACCUCAGAGGGCAGCUGGGGCUUGGCCACACUGCGGACGUCGCAGCCCUUCAAGUCUGCGCUCAACCGAGUCGGGCCGUUGUCAGUGUGUCCUGUGGUUGGGAUUUCACUCUUCUUCUCACUGGUGAACAUUUCAGACAGCGGUCAAGUGCUAGCAUGCGGGUCCAACGCCUUUGGACAGCUGGGUGUGGCACAGCCAGUGACACACUCAGCACAUCAUCUGCUCGUUGAGAGUCUGAAGGAGCCAGUGGUCAGUGUGGCAGCAGGACUCAGACACUCACUAGCUGUUACUAACUCUGGCUGCGUUUACCAGUGGGGUACAGGUCUCUACAGUCAGGCAAAGCGAGCUCUCUUUCCACACGCUGUCCCUGCUCAUCUCAGCUCAAAGUUACCCUCUCUUGUUCCAGGUCUAGAUCAAGUGACACCGCUCACAGUGGCUGCAGGCUCAACCCAUUGUGUGUGCCUUACAGAAGGGGGUGACUUAUUUCUAUGGGGAAGCAAUAAACACGGCCAGCUGACUACUACAGAGCCUUUUUUGUCCUCUCCCACACCUCUCAAGCAUACACUCCUGGACAGAGAGAGAGUCACCCAUGUGUGGAGUGGCUGGACACACCUUGUGGCCAAAACAGAGAGUGGGAGAGUUUUCACAUGGGGCAGAAGGGAUUACGGACAGCUGGGUAGAAUGGAGCCAUCAUGUCAAAACACAGAACAGAAGUCUGGUGGUCCAUUAGCAAAAUGUGGCAGCCAGGGAGCAUGCCUACCAGCAGAGGUUAAAGUCUUACAUGGAGCUGAACAGAUUGCGUGUGGAUCUGAACAUAACCUUGCCAUUGUAGGGGGUUGUCUCUUCUCGUGGGGCUGGAACGAACAUGGAAUGUGUGGUGAUGGUUCACAGACGGAUGUUGUCCAACCGAAGCUCAUGUUUGGUCUCAGGCCUCUUCUCAUUGGCUGUGGAGCCGGGCACUCCAUGGCACUGUGUGCUGCAGAAACUGGUUCAGGACAAAAUUCUGCGGGGGGCACACCAGGAACAUCGGCGCAGAAGUGCACGCAUUUAUUAAACAUGUGACUGCCAGAGAGGCGGAAAACAAGUCUCUGUUAGGAAGAAAAGAAUUUUUGCAAGAUGUCAGACGUACGAACAAGUCUCUGAAUGAGUAAAAAGGUAGCUCAUCAGUCCCUUUCCCUGAAUAUAAGCUACGUGCAUGCAUUCUGACUUCCCGAAGGAGCCAGUAUUAAAAGUGCCUAUGCAUGUAACGGCUAACUUGCCGAGAGCGCUUUGAGUUCGCUGAGCAGGUUUGUGUUGAAACCGUAAUCGUCAUAAAUAUCGUUCCAGGGUGAGAUACGGGAUGAGUUAUGCCUCGUGGGCAGAGGCUAUCAUUUCCCUGAACAGACUUGUCAAUUUGAUGGACAUGAUUGCGUGGACAUGGGGCCACACCGGUGGCCCCUUGUCCACCUGCCACGUCGGUCUCCCUGCUGAAUAAGGCCAUUAUGAAUCGUGAGGGAUGGGCUGGAGCCCAGCUAUAGCUCCAUCUCUCCAUGUCAGAGGUUUAUUGCUGCGAUCUUGAGUGUCAGGAGGCACUCAAUCUCUGAGAGCGCUACAAUCAUGCAAUACAUACGGUCAUAACAUGAUGUAUUUACCUAUAGAUCUGGACAGAGUUAUUCAUCUUCUUGCAGUGCCCCACAAUAUUGUUUGACAUUUAGUUAUAGUCAUUGUAUUUGGCCAAUUAUCAUCUGCGGCCAUGAAUGCAUAGAGGCAAAAUUGUGCUUCAGAAUAUUUGGAGAAUGACAGAUGCGUGGUUCUGAUGAAACGGUGCUUUACACAGCUCUAGUCUGUCACCAACAUUGCAAAAAUAGAUUAUAAUAUCAGUCACGAGGACUCGUUUUGUUGUAUCACUUCAAUAAAAUAAAAAUAAACACUCAU